UCAGAAAAGAACUGAAGGGCUCUGCGGUUGAGGGUGCUUCAUCAUUUAGAAGUUCUGACAAACUGUUGGGCUUCCGGAAGUUUCUCUGAUCUCCAUGGUAACCAGUGUCAGUUGGAGUCAAAGAGUGAGAGAGUCCAAAAUCUAAAGAUGGGACAAGAGGAGGACAAACAACGCCUGCUGAAGAGUGACCUCACGGUCCAGGUGUCGAGGAGCAGAUCCACACAAAAACUGAGAGGACAUCUAAACAGGUCCGGUGGGCGAUCUCGCCUCCACAGGAGAAGGAAUCUCCAGGCCCACCUGGUGCAGGCGGGGCAGAGCCUGGCAGCAUUUCUCUCUGGACUUCUGCUGGCGUCCCUGUAUGGACUCAUGGGCCUGCUUAUCCAGAAGCAACCCCUGUGGUUCUGUGUCCACUCCACAGUGGCUUUGGCUGGGCUGGCUUCGUUCGGUAUGGGGCUGUCAGCAGGUGUUCGGGGCAGCAUCAUGGUCAUGAUGCCCUCCAUGUUCUCAGCCCAUGGCAGAACCCUCAUCCUGCUUCUGUAUGUGUCGGUCCUGCUGUCCGGACCCAUGAAGAAUACGCUGGAAAACACAGAACGGGCCGCUUCCAGCCUGCUAUGUGGUGCCGAGCUGGCAGCCAAUCAGACGAAAGAGCUGAUGCAGCGAGCAGCCACACCCCUCUUCUCGGUGUUGGAUGAAAUCAGAGAGAUCAGCAGCAACGCUUACGCCGUCGCAGGAAGAGUCCAAAACUUAAUCAGUGCUCUGACAGACAGCGUCCGCCAUGUCGCUCGCACCCUGAAGAAUGUCCUCCACUUCCUCGUGGACAUCGGAGACAUCUGUAACGACAAGCUGGGCGCUCCGUUUAGGAAGUGUCAGGACGCGUUCGCCCAGGCUCGAAGCGACUGCAAAGACCUGCUCGGGGAGUUCAGCUUCCUGUGUGACAUCGUGGACGGCUUCCUGCCGCUUUGCAACCUUGCUCGUGCUGGUGAGAUCUUCUGCAUCAUCCCGUCCUACGUGGCUGCCCAUCUGAAACAGCAUCUGGCAGAACCCACUGUUGCUGCGUUUAAGAAGAUGAUGCAGGAGUUUGACUUCAACAUUUCAACCUCCAUGAAGUUCGACCUGGACACCAACAGCAGCCACUCGCUGCAGCAGGUUUCUCAGGAGAUCAUGGCUGAGAUUUCGUCUGAUCUGCUGAUGUUUCAGAAGCUGAUUGAACCGCUGAUGUAUGGGAGCCUCGCUCUGCUGGGCUGGUCCUUUCUGAGGGCGGUGAUGUACAGAUGCAGGUACCUCCGUGACCUCAGGUUCGAUAAUAUUUACAUCAACGCUCAGUUUAAGGAGCUCGACCAACAGGUGGCCUCUGAGGGCGGAGCUUCAGUCCUGCCGCUCACACGCAGAGAGGCCAAGACCUACAUCACACCCCUGUCGUUCCACCUGUCGUACAAGGAGCGUAAGGCCAUGGUGAUGGGCGUGACCUCUGUCCUCAGACACCUGGUGAUUGGCAGCCUGCUGGUGGCACUGGACUUCCUUGUGUUCUGGAUUCUGGAUCAGCUGCACCACCAGGUGAAGGGGGAUGUGGUCGCCAGAGCUCCAGCCCAGGUGGUGGUCCAGGUGAACGGAUCAGGUUACGCCUCAGACAUCUUCAGAGAUCUGGUGGCUUCGUUCAACAUCCUGCAGCGAGGGAACAUCACAGUGAUCAGCAGGAAGUGUCUGCUAGAGCCGUCUGAGCCGAAGUACAGCACCACUUUUCUCCUUGGGUUCCUGUUGGGUCUGGCUCUAAUUGUCUCUUUGACCGGAGGAUUCGUGCAGCGCCUCAAACGAGUCAUCUGUGCUUUUUAUCAUCCAGAGCGAGAGCAGGAGAGGAUCCGGUUCCUCCAGCAGCAGAUCCUGAAUGAGAGGAGGUCAUUGGGCCGAGCCCUGAGGAGGUCUGCAAUCAAACACAGAGCCGACCGAGAUGAAGGAGGUGGAGGUGGAGGUUGCCUUCAGACGCUGAUGUUGCGGUACCUUCAUGUCUCUAACAUCGACUUGCAGAACCGCAGGGUCCCAGGAGGAGGCUACCUGUCUGACCUGCUGAACUGGUCCUCCUCAGUCACCUGUCUGAGCUGCGGUGAGGUGGUGAGGACAAAGGAUAUUGACACCAUCGCCUGUGACGUCCCACAGUGUUCAGGCUUGUACUGUCGACCUUGUUUCCACAGCUUGGGAAACAUGUGCAUCUGCAUGCGACCUCUGGACUUCCAGGAAGAUGGUGAGGAAGAGCUGGACUCCAGUGAUGAUGAGCAGCUCAAUCUUUGGUCUGUAGAUCCGAACUCUCCCUGCUUUGCUGACCGGACUCCCAGGACUCUAAUGAGGAAGAGGAUCUUCAAAUCAAAAAGACCUCAGGACCAUCUCGGGUCUCCUGACUCUGACAGUGCCUCCCUUCACAUCGUCCGCUCAGGAGAAACCUUCUAUCAUCAGGAGGUGGAGCUCACUGAAGUCAGCGUUCACACUCUGGAUGAUUAUGGAAACCAGCCAGCUUCUCCAUGACCUUCCAGCCUCCACCUCCAGGAACCAGAAGCAGAUGAAGUCUCUGAUUAAAGUUGAUGAAGCACAACGUUUGUUGUCAGUGUCCCUAAAAACAAAAGCUGCAAAAUAGUUAUUGAAUAAUUGCAGAUAUUAAACAUCCACAUGAAAGGACCUGCAUGUAAAAAUGGAAAAGAUCUCCCAGACUUCCCAAGACCUCAGGCUCCCAACACCAACCAAGAUCAGCUCAUGGAGCAGUGGACCAGAACUUUGCCUCAGCUGUUGCCAGAUAGACCAGCCACUCAUGUAUUAUAGACCUGGAGAAGGUUUAUGAUUAUGGUAGUUGUAUACAUGCUCCAGUUAGAGUUCCAUAUCCUGGUGUUCCAGAGAGAUGGAUCAGAGCUUCCUCUGCAUGAAUUUCUCCAGUCUUUGGGUGAGGAAGGAGCUGAACUGAGUGGUGGAGCUUUGGAUUAACUGCUCUAUCUCAAAUUGCAUCUAUGUUCCUUAAAGAUGGAUCAUAAGGAACAAGAUCCUGGAUGCAAAUGAUCUUCCUCUGUAGGCUGGCUGGGCUCUGCCUUGAAGACAAGCAGAGGAGCUCCAUCAUCUGAGGUGGUUUGUACAUCUGAGCGAGAAGAAUCCUGCUGGAGGUUUUCCAGGUACGUCCCACUUGGAGCAGAUCCAGAACACACUGCAGGGACUUCUGGCCUAGGAACAGAUUGGAAUCCCCCAGGAGGAGCUGGAGAGAAAUGUCCCGGUUUUCCUGGAUCUGUUACCUCCAUGACAGAUGGAUGGAUCCUUUUUAAAACCUGCUUAAAGACAUUCAGAUUGUUUUAAAUCCAUGUUUAUGCAAGUUUUCCCUGUUUGUUCCUGGUAGUUUGGACUCUGGGUUCUCUGGCUCUUUGUCUUAAAGUUCUGGAUGUGUGAGAAUACGGUGAGUAGAAACAACACAGAACAUCUGGAAACAUGAACAAAGAUGAACUCUGGGGAGUUCAUUCAUGCUGUGGAGGUGUUUCCUGUUCUGCAGUGAGAGGAGUCAGGUUCAAACUAACAGCUGAGAAAAACAUCCUCAAGUUUCCUCCUUUCAGUCUGAGCUGCAUGAGAGGUGUUGCUCAGGAUCAACGUCACAUUUCUCUGAGAAGAACUCUAACAUGUUCCUGAUGAACCUCAGCGUCUGAGCAGAGCGGACAAUGUGACUGGGAGCAGCUGUGAUGCUAAGAGUAAACAGAUGGAAAGGGAGAGGCUCUGACAGCACAGUGACUUCACGCUCCUAAUAUGCUGAAGAUUAUGAAGUCAUCCACAUUCAGCAGCUUAUCUGAUGUCCUCCACAUCUCCGUGGAAAUAGUUUGUGGAAAAGAUGUGAUCUGAUGAGCAGAAGACCCUAGAUGUUUUCAUAUUGUGCUGCAGCUGCAGCCUCUACAUCAUCAUGGACAGUUUAAGCUGCAACAUAAAGAGAAGUGACUCCUGAUGUCAAGGAAGAAGCUGACAAUGGUUGAAUCCUCCCCACCUUUAAAAUGGGUGGUUUCAUACCUUUAAAUGUGUCUGCCUUGAGUUUCCACAGAGUGGACGCAACCUCGUUCAUAAUGUGAACUCCAUUCAGCUGCCACUGAUUUUCUGUCCUUUUUAUGGUACUAUAUGUUCCACUGUAAUGGGACAACAGAUGGAAAUUAACUGAGAAAAAGCUCUAAUCUGCAGCUGUACCUCUUUGCUGUUUUCUGUUCAUCGUCUCAUGAAUGCCAAGGCCUUUAGCUCAUAUUACACCAGAAUGUUGAUGCACAAAUAAGUUAAAGAAAAAGCUUUAAUAUACAGCUGUUGGCCUAAUUUUAGACCGUUUCUUUUAGAAUGCUUUUCAAGGCAUUUAGUCUAUUGGCUUCUAAUAUCUUCAGGUACCUUCGGGUCUGGUCUGCCUCUACAAGGAGCUGAUUGGGUGAACUAGCUUUAAAUCUGUAGGCUGUGGAGGUGUCAGUGCUUGCUCAUUAACAUAUUUUAUAAUAAAACGUACAUUUUUCUAUAUGCCGUUUUCAAUGCCAGGUAGCGUAAUGGAUGCCAGGUGACUUAUUUUUACAAUACCUGGUGUAAAAUGACUUCACUUGGCAUUUAUACUCCACUUGACUCAAGGUGGCGUAAUUUUACAUUUCCUUCUUAUUUUGCACAUCAACAAACUGCCAUAAUUUGAGUAAAAGACUUGCCAUACCAAUUAGCCAAUAAUAGUAAUGUAAUAACAUGCUAUGCCAUGCAGACACUCUAUCUGCACUGAUGAAGAUUCAUUCUCAGCCUGCUAAUGCUGACAUGGCUAGAAAUUUGACACAAUCUUCUGAUUAAUUCAGUUAAUAAUUAUUGAACCACUUGGUGGCGCUCAUAUACUGUGUUUAUAGGAUUGAUCUUUUCUCUGCCUUCUCUCUGUUGGAGCAAAAGGUAACUCACUCGGCCCUGAUGAAGUAGCACCCUUCAUCAUCCUGAUGAUGACCGCUUUGUAUGUUAUACUUAGUUUUCUUUUUACUUAGCCUUUUAACCUUAACCAAUCUGCUGGGUUUCCUUAGAUAGAAAACCUUUGAACCAAUUUGAAUGAUAAACUGAAUUUGACUGAACUGUUUGAUAGUUGGGAUUAAUUGGAAUCUAUGGACCUGACUUGAAAUCUGUAUGAUUUAUUAUUAUUAUGAUUGUGUAUGUGUUGUGAAUUGGCGCUAUAGAAAUAAAACUGAAUUGAGUUGCGACCAGGACCUCAGUCUGAAUUUUAUACCUUACCAAAUAAAUGUGAGCUGGUAUGACAA